AUGCGCACAUUGUAUACUGAGAUCUCCAACUUUUCCUCCCUCAGUUUAUUUUUGCAGACUCUAAUUUUAAUUUCCACAUUACCUUUCCUCCUCAUAAUUUUUCACUUAUCAUUAAUAUGUCCCAACUCUCAAUCAUCAGUUUUGUUUCUGCUUAAUCCGGAUACCUUUAACUCUUCCAAUUGCUUCUUACAAAUGGAGGAUGUUGAAGACAAGCAACCCUCAGAACCCAAUAUAAUAAGGGCUGAGCAGAACCCACCGGCAGAAACCCCUGAUGAAGACAUUGAAGCGAUGAAUCCUCCCAAUGUUCAGUCUUCCAUUGAAGCUCUGGACAGCCAACAUAGUGAUAUCAGUAGAAUGGAGUCUGGCACUCGUUUUCCCGUAACCGAGUUCUCUGACUUAGAAGUGUCCCUAAAUGAUUCUAGUGAUCAAACUAUAGCACAAGCUGAACAACUUCCCACAGGUGAUUCAGCUUCUACUCCUAAAGCUACAAUUCAUGGAACAGAAGAAGGCCACCAAGGAGCCAUGGCUGCAGAUUCUGAACCAGGAGGUUUAGAAGAAGAUAUCUUUAACAGGCAGGAGGAUGGCGUCUCUGCCGUCACUGCUAGCAGUGAUAAUGAUAAUCUGAUGAAUCUCUCAGCACCCUCUUCUGAAACCAAAGAAUUGCAUACUGACUCCAUGAAGCUAAUAACAGACUCACCUCAAACCCAGGUUGCUAAUAUUCCCAGAGAUAAUUCAGCUUCAACCACCAAAGUUACAGUUGAUGUAACGGAACAAAGCAACCAGGGAGCCAUGUCUGCAGAUUCUGGAGCAUUAGAAGAUAUGUCAAACAGGCUAAUGGAUGGUGGUUCAACCGUUCGUGCUGGCAGUGAUGUUGAUAAUCAGAUGGAACCCUCAACUUCCUCUUUUGAGGAAAAAGAGUUGCUGAAUGACCACAAAGAACUACAGAUUGAUCCACCUCAAACAAUGGAUACUGAUGUUGUUGUGGGAGCUGUUGGCUCACAUGGUGUGGCUUCUGGCAAUCGUGUUGAUAAAUCUUCUGAAAGAAUAGAGCCACAAAAUGAUAAAAUGGAGCUUAAGAUAGGACCGCCUCAAACCAAGAUUGCUGAUGUAUCUGUGAAAACUGUUAACUUACCUGGUGCCACUGAUGAUAAUCAGAUGGCUUCCCCUUCUGAAAGGAUACAGUUUCUGAAUAAACAGAAAGAACGAAAGACAGAUCCGUCUCAAACACCUGUUACUGAUGAUACUGUGGGAGCUAUUGACUCACCUGAUGCCAAGCAGAUAGCCGAAAGAAGAGGCCUAAUUGAUACAGCUGCUCCAUUUGAAUCUGUCAAGGAAGCUGUUUCCAAGUUUGGAGGCAUUGUGGAUUGGAAGGCUCAUAGAAUCCAGACAGUAGAGAGACGCAAACAUGUUGAACAUGAACAUGAAAAGGCACAGAAGCUGAUCCCAGAGUAUAAAACAAAAUGCGAGGCUUCUGAGCAAGCAAAAAUUCAAGUACUGCAGGAGCUAGAUACCGCUAAGAGACUAAUAGAAGAACUAAAACUUAACCUAGAGAGGGCUCAAACAGAAGAGCGUCAGGCAAGACAGGACUCAGAACUUGCAAAGCUCAGAGUGGAAGAGAUGGAGCAAGGUAUUGCAGAUGACUCUAGUGUUGCAGCCAAGGCACAGCUUGAGGUAGCUAAAGCUAGGUAUACAUCAGCUAUUACCGAGUUAACUAUCAUAAAAGAGGAGUUGGAUGCAUUGCGUGGAGAAUAUGCAUCCUUAGUUGUUGAAAAAGAUGAAGCUAUAAAAAAAUCUGAAGAGGCUGUUGCUUCAUCGAAGCAAGUAGAGAAGACAGUGGAAGACCUGACUAUUGAGCUGAUUGCCACAAAGGAGGCACUGGAAAGUGCACAUGCAGCACACAUGGAAGCAGAGGAACAGAGAAUAGGAACAGUCAUGGCAAGAGAUCAAGAUUUUCUAAGUUGGGAGAAGGAACUUAACCAGGCAGAAGAAGAACUCCAGAGUCUCAACCAGAAAAUUUUGUCUGUUAAGGAUCUCAAAUCUAAAUUGAGCACAGCCUCAGCUUUGCUACUUGAUUUGAAAGCUGAAUUAACUCUUUAUAUGGAAUCAAAGCCUAACCCUGAAGGUGAUGAAGGAGUCUCGAAAGGAGGUCUAGAGAAGAAGAGACACAGUGAAAUACAAGAAGCAGUUGCAUCAGCCAAAAAGGAACUUGAGGAAGUGAAGCUUAACAUAGAGAAAGCUAGCACUGAGGUAAAUUACUUAAAGGUGGCAGCAGCGUCCUUAAAAUCAGAACUUGAAAAAGAGAAAUCAUCUUUUGUCUCCGUCAGACAAAGAGAGGGAAUGGCCUCCAUUACAGUUGCAUCUCUUGAAGCUGAACUGGACAACACAAAUUCAGAAACAGUUUUGGUUCAGAUGAAGGAAAAGGAAGGCAGAGAGAAUAUUGCUGUGCUACCAAAGAAACUACAGCUAGCAGUUGAAGAGAACAAUCAGGCCAACUUGCUUGCUCAAGCAGCUCGUGAAGAGUUGCAGAGAAUAAAGGAGGAGGCUGAACAAGCAAAGGCAAGUGCAUGUACAAUGCAAAGCAAAUUACGAGCAGCUCAAAAGGAGAUAGAAGCAGCCAGGGCUUCUGAAAGGUUGGCAAUAGCAGCAAGUAAAGCAUUGCAAGAGAGUGAGUCAUCCAGCAACAACAGGGAAGUGGAGUCAUCAUCCUCUUGGGUGUCACUUUCCGUGGAGGAGUACUAUAAUCUCAGCAAACAAGCAUAUGAUGCAGAAGUGGAAGCCAGCUUGAGGGUUGCAACUGCUAAUUCUGAAAUUGAGAUAGCCAAGGAGUCUGAAUUGAAAACCUUGAAGAAGUUAAACGAUGUGAAUAGAGAGAUGGCUGCUAGAAGGGAAUCUCUGAAGAUCGCAAUGGAGAAAGCCGAGAAGGCGAGGGAGGGAAAAUUAGGUGUAGAACAGGAACUACGAAAAUGGAGGGCCGAUCACGAGCAACGAAGAAAAGCUGGUGCAUUAGGCCAAGCAAUGGUUAAGCAUCAAAGUAGUAAAAGUUCAGGCACUAGUUUUGACAGACGCAAGGAAUCAAAUAGUUUUGAUAAAUCUCAUCGUGCACCUCUACGUUUCUUCUCCAGUUCAAAGUCUUAUGUCCAUUCAAACAGUGGAGCUGUGCCAUCCCCGGAUGCAAAAGCCGCAAAGAAGAAGAAGAAGUCAUUUUUUCCAUGGGUUUUUAUGUUCUUUGGGAAAAAAAAGACGAACACAACAAAUUCAGGGUAA